AUGGAAGAGAAAGAUCAGAAUGUGAAACACCAUGAUUUCAUGGGUGGGGAAAAAACUUGUACUUACUCGCCGACUCGAAAAACAGAAACCAGAAACCUUAAAUUCCAGAUGAGUGUUCACACUGGAGAGAAGCCUUAUGUCUGCCAACAGUGUGGAAAGAGUUUCAUUCAAAAAGACAGCCUUAAAGCCCACAUGAAAAUUCACAGUGGAAAGAAGCCUUACACCUGCAAACAAUGUGGGAAGAGUUUUAAACAGAAACAGUACCUUAAUGCCCACGUGACAAUUCACACUGGAGAGAAGCCUCACACUUGCAAACUGUGCGGGAAGAGCUUCACGCGAAAAGAAAAUCUUACAAUUCACAUGAGAAUUCACACUGGAGAGAAGCCUUACAUUUGCCAACAGUGUGGGAAGAGCUUUACACAAAAAGAAAGUCUUAAGACUCACACGAGAGUUCACACUGGAGAGAAGCCGUUCAUCUGCUCGCAGUGUGGGAAGAGUUUCAAACAGAAAAAGUACCUCAAUGGCCACAUGAGAGUUCACACUGGAGAGAAACCGUUUGUUUGUGAUCAGUGUGAAAAGUGUUUCAGAUAUAAAGCACACCUUCGUAAUCACAUGAGGAUUCACUCAGGAGAGAACU